AUGAAGGCUGGGGAGGGUACGCAGUCCAUGACCACCCUGGAACCAAGUCAUCCGCCGAAUUUCAAAAAAUUGAUGGAGGAGUAUAUCAACUUUUGCACAGAGCUGUCUAGAAAAAUUAUGCGGGGUAUAGCUCUGGCAUUGGGUGGAUCACCAGUUGAAUUUGAAGGGACAAUAGCCGGUGAUCCAUUUUGGGUGCUGCGUAUAAUUGGCUACCCUGGUGUCUCCCCUGCAAAUGGCCAAGACAUGCCAAAAAAUGUUGGAUGUGGAGCUCAUACGGUGAUUGGUCUGGUGACGUUAGUCAAUCAAGAUGAUGGUAUUACUGCUCUUCAGGUAAAAAACCUUUCUGGAGAGUGGAUAUCAGGACCACCCAUUCCUGGGACAUUUGUUCGCAAUAUCAGUGACAUGCUGAAGAUUCUAUCCAAUGGCCUUUAUGAAUCAACAUUGCAUCGGGUGACUAACAACUCUCCCAUUUAUCGGGUCUGCGUGGCCUACUUUUAUGAGCCAAAUUAUGAUGCUGUAAUAGAGCCAUUGGAUGUAAGCGUAAAACAAACUGGUGGAACCACGAGGUUUGAAGGUGCUGUUUACGGUAAACACUUGGUCAGUAAAGUCCUGACAAAUUUCAUAUACUGA